AUGGAUAAACCACAGAAGACCGAGCCAGCUGAAAAGAGCAGCUCUGACAAAAACUCUGCAAAGCAACGUGUCACACUCUGUCUGCUGAGCGCAGCUUUCUUUGGUGCCUUGGGUUCGUCUUUCCUGUACGGCUACAACCUCUCUGUCGUCAAUGCUCCAGCACCGUACAUUAAAGCUUUUUACAACCAGACAUGGCUGGUGAGAUACAAUGAACCUGUCAGCGCAGAGACAGUCACACUCCUUUGGUCCAUCACAGUCUCCAUAUUUGCCAUUGGGGGCCUUUUCGGAGCACUUUGUGUCUCUUGGCUCAUAAAACUACUGGGAAGAAAAGGAACCUUGUUGCUGAAUAACAUCUUUGCUGUGGCAGCGGCAUUGCUACUUACCUUUGGCGAGAGAGCACGGUCCUUUGAGAUGCUCAUCAUUGGCCGCUUCAUUAUGGGAGUCGACUCUGGUAUAGCUCUCAGUGCACUGCCAAUGUAUCUUGGAGAGAUUUCCCCAAGAUAUAUCCGAGGUUUCAUCGGUCAGUUCAACUCUAUUCUGAUCUGUCUUGGAGUGUUUGUGGGUCAGGUGCUAGGCCUACCUGAGCUGCUGGGUCAGGAAUCCAGAUGGAACUACUUAUUUACCUUCCUGGCAUUGCCUGCAGUACUGCAGCUCUGCAUUCUGCCUUUCGUCCCAGAGAGCCCUCGAUACCUUCUGAUUGAGAGGAGGGAUGAGGCAGCAGCAGAGAGAGCAUUUCAGAGAUUUCUUGGAAAAAAGGAUGUUUCUGUUGAGCUAGAAGAGGUCCAUGCAGAGGGUCGAGCUCAGGAAACUCUCCAUACGGUGUCCGUUCUACAGCUACUGAAGAGUAAGGCAGUUCGCUGGCAGCUCAUCACAGUCAUAAUCACCAUGGCCAGCUAUCAACUCUGUGGCCUCAAUGCUCUCUGGUACUAUACUAGUGGGAUCUUACAGGAAGCAGGAUUCCCUGAGAAUAUUGUCCCGUACAUAACCCUUAGCACAGGAGGUAUAGAGACCUUUUCUGCCAUCAUCUCUGGUUUAGUGAUUGAACGAAUUGGACGGAAACCUCUACUCAUUUUUGGAUUCAGCGCCAUGGCCUUGUUCUUCAGCCUACUAACGGUGUUUCUCAAUUUUCAAAGUGCGGUGUCAUGGAUGCCUUACCUCAGUUAUGUCUGCAUACUGGCAGUGAUUGCUUCCUUUUGUUCUGGACCAGGAGGCAUCCCAUUUAUCCUGACUGGUGAACUUUUUGAACAAUCCUACAGGCCUGCUGCGUUCAUGAUUGCUGGCAUUGUGAACUGGCUGUCCAACUUCGCAGUGGGCCUCUUAUUUCCAUUUAUACAGGAGUCUCUGGAUGCAUUUGCCUUUCUGGUGUUUGUGGGGUUCUGCGUGUUGGCAUCAAUCUACCUCUUUAUCGUCCUCCCUGAAACCAAAGGCAAAACAUUCAUGGACAUAAGUCAGAGUUUCGCCAAGAUGAACAAAGUCCCCGUUCCCUCAACAAGCCAUGAAAUGAAGCUUGUUCUGUGUUCUGAUAUCGAGAAGAACACAAAAGAGGAAAAUGGCUUCAAGAUGGAGAGUUCCUUUUAA